AUGCUGAGACUACAAGCAUUUGCCAUUGCCUCACUGGCUGGCCUGGCAGUUGCCGAGGACGCGCUGUACAGCAAUCGGCUCAGCAAGCGGUUCAUUGACAGCGAUGGUAACUACAACAUCUCCUUUUACCACAUCAAUGACGUCCACGCCCAUCUGGACGAGUUUUCCUCGUCUGGAACAGACUGCACCAACCCAGCCAAGGGAUGCUACGGCGGUUACGCUCGAGUCAAGACGGUGAUCAACGAGACCCGGCCGAGCCAUGAGGAUAGCCUCUUUCUCAAUGUCGGUGAUGAGUUUCAAGGCACGCUCUUUUAUACCUUUUACGGAGGUGAAAAGAUUGCCGAAACCCUCAACCAGAUGGGCUUUGACGCCAUGACGCUGGGCAACCACGAGUUCGAUGCCGGCGACGACGUGCUGGGAGAGUUUCUCCAGAACCUGACGUUCCCCAUCAUAUCGGCCAAUAUCGCCUCCGACAAUGAGAAGCUCAACAAGACCAUCAAGCCGUACCACAUCUUUGAGGAGUACGAAUUGGCCGUCAUUGGUGUCACCACCGACGAGGUCCCCAGCAUCAGCUCGCCCGGCGAGGGCACCACCUUUAGCGACCCCAUCGAGGCCGUCCAAAACACGAUUGACCUGAUCAAGAGCACCACCGACAUUAAGCGCAUCGCCGCCAUUACGCACAUUGGCUACGAUAUCGACAUUAGGCUCGCCCAGGAGACGUCGGGCCUCUUUCUCAUCAUGGGCGGCCACUCCCACACCCUGCUGGGCGACAUGGACGGCGCCGAGGGCAAAUACCCCACCAUUGAGACCAACAAGGACGGCGACGAGGUCUUCAUCGUCACGGCCUACCGCUGGGGCGAGUACCUAGGUUAUAUCGAUGUCACCUACGACAGCGAGGGCAAGAUUCUGGCAUACCACGGAGCGCCCAUCCAUUUGACCAACACAACCGCGCAGGACGAGGACCUGCAGACCCAAAUUGAUGCUUGGAGAGUGCCGUUUGAGGCUUUUGCUUCCGAGGAGGUUGGCGAAACCAAUGUGGAACUGGACCAGACAAAGUGCUAUGACGAGGAGUGCGUCCUGGGUGGCUUCAUGUCCGAUGCCAUGUACCAGUAUCGUCUCGACGGGGGAGGCUCCCCCGACUUUGCCCUUAUUAAUGGUGGUGGUGUCCGCGCCACCAUCGACGUCGGCACGAUUACCCGCGGCGAAGUCCUCACCUCUUUCCCAUUCGGAAAUUCCAUCGUGGAGGUGACAUACGAUGGCGAGACGCUGUGGAAGAUUCUCGAGGGCCUCGUCAGCAUGGUGAACCAGUUCACGGGAGAAGAGGUUGGCUCCUUGCUCCAGCUUAGCAAGAACAUCAAGGUCGAGUACAACCCCGACAACGAGGUAGGCAGCCGCCUUGUCGCCGUGACUAUUGGCGGCGAGCCGCUUGAUAGCGAAAAGGACUACAAUGUUGUCACCAUUGACUUUUUGACUGGUGGUGGCGACAACUUCCUCGAGGAGGUUGAUGGUGCCGUGUUGGAUCUGAUGGAUGAGGUUCUCGUGUCAUACAUCCAGGCUCAGUCGCCAAUCCCCGCAGAUUACAGUGUUGCGGACAGACUGGUGGUUGUAGAUGGGGAGGCUGGUUCGAGUUCGGGAAAUGCAUCUGCGACAGCUACGGGAACUGCGGCGACGUCGACACCGACUAGCAAUGGCGCCACGAGUCACGGCAUUACUGUAAUGUCCUUGGUCGCAGGACUUUUCGCUGUCACUGGCUCCAUGUUGAUCUGA